GUCUUCUCCACCGUCGCACUUAUUUCCAGAAGAGAGAGGGCCGGGGGAGGGGAGGCAAAGACAGAAGCCGGAGCGAUGAAGGCGACUCUCAAAGGAAAGUAUGAAAACAUCAAGAGCUCCGCCACCGCCUCCCUCUCGGUCGACGUCAUCGCCAGCGACGUCAAGCUUAAGGCCAUCGUCACUGACCUCGCCGUCGCCUAUGCCAUCUCCUUCUCCCUCGAGAAGCCCGGCUCCUUCUCCAUCGGCUACUCACCCGAAAAAGGCGUGAAGUUCCAGUUCAUGAACUCGAUGAAGGUGCUGGGGAGGGCGGUGGAUCUCACAUACACGGACGCGCGGGGGGAGAAUCGGACGGCUGUGGACGGGGCGGUGGCGUUCGACGCGAGGAACAGGGUGGCGGCGAGCCACGCGCUGGGAACCAAGGAGUGGAAGGUGCGGCACACGUAUACGCACGGGGCGCUCCGGCGGACGGUGGCGGAGACUUCCUACGACUUUAAAAGCCACGCCUGGGACUUCGUCGUGACGAGUCGGUUCCAAUGGGGUGACGCCGUUAAGGCGACAUACAGGACCUCCACCCGAGUCCUCGGCCUCGAGUGGGCCCGGAACUCUCCGGCAACAGGGACCUUCAAGAUUUCUGCAUCUAUCAAUAUGGCAGAGAGAAAAACAGUUCCAAAACUUACAGCUGAGAGCACAUGGAAGUAUGAGAUCUGAUUAUAGAGUUUUUACAAAAAAUUCUUUGAUAGAUGGAUAGAGAUGAUUGUAAUUUUAUAAUAUUUGGUUU